AUGAUGAGGCGGCGCGUUGCCAUUUACGGUGGUGCGUUCGACCCGCCCACAAAUGGCCACUUCUCCUGCUGCUCCGAGAUCAUCCACAGCGGCCUUGCCGAUGAGGUUUGGAUCACGCCAUGCGGUCCUCGGCCGGACAAGCCUCGCAUGAUUGGCAGUGCGAUUGACCGUAUGCUAAUGUGCCAACUCGGUGUCAACACCGUGUACACUCCGACAUUCCCUGUUCGGGUGUGCGACAUCGAAACGUAUGAGGAAGAGUCAUUGGCAACCUAUGAUACUCUCUGCAGGCUGCGUCGAAAGCACGCCGACGUCGACUUUCUGUUUGUCGUAGGGUCAGACUGGCUUCAACCUGGGACCGAUUUGAGAACGUGGGAAUCUAGAGACCCCGCCGACCCGACUGGCAAGGGUCGCAUCGUCACGGGCGACAAACUGGUGACCGAGUUUGACUUUCUCGUGCUCCACCGUCCGGGAUACGACAUUGAGGACCUGUCUGCGUUCGGUCCGCGCUUCAACAUGCUCACCAUGGCGGGAGGGAUGAAAUUUGUGACGACCGACAUUUCAUCCACGCAGCUCCGGAAGCGCAUGGGCAACUCUCUACACAUAAGAGAAGCGAUUGGUAGCAAUGAGGUCAACCUGGACCUGGUGGACGGACUGAUGCCCCCCGCCGUUCUGAGCUUCAUUUUGCGCAGCGGUGUCUACAACCAGAAGGCGGUGCAGGAGGCCCGGCGACGAUCGAUCGCCGCAGGCGCGACGGGCUAG